AUGGGUUCCUCAGAUAUCAUCGACCACUCUCCUCACCAAGGUGAUCCCUCACCUCCGAUCCCGACCGCUUCCAAUCUUAUUGUCAUUGACAACUACGACUCUUUCACUUGGAACAUUUACCAGUACCUUGUUCUUGCUGGAGCUACGGUUACUGUCUAUCGAAAUGACAAGGUUACCGUAGAGGAAUUGGUUGCCAAGAAACCCACUCAGAUCAUUAUUAGCCCUGGACCCGGACAUCCCGAGACUGACUCUGGAGUGAGCCGCGAUGUCAUCAAGCACUUUGCAGGCAAAGUCCCAAUCUUUGGUGUCUGUAUGGGCCUCCAAUGCAUCUUCAAUGUCUAUGGUGGAGAAGUCAGCUCCGCUGGUGAGUGGCUUCACGGCAAGACUUCACCUUUGACCCAUGACUCCAAGGGUGUCUUCUCCGGUCUAAGCCAGGGUGUACCAGUUACUCGGUAUCACUCUCUUGCCGGCACCCAUGUUACUCUGCCUGAGGACUUGGAGAUCUCCUCCUGGGUUGCCAAGCCUGAUGGCUCUCCUGGUGUCAUUCAAGGUGUGCGUCACAAGAAGUACACAAUUGAGGGUGUUCAAUUCCACCCUGAGAGCAUUUUGACCGAAGGUGGACGAGCUAUGAUCACAAACUUCCUUCAUAUGCAAGGAGGUACUUGGGAAGAAAACACUCAGUUCCAAAAGUCCGGCACUGUUGCCAGCGACAACUCAACAGCGCCCAAGUCUAAAAAGACCAACAACAUUCUGCAGCGAAUUUACGCAAACCGAAAGGCUGCAGUAGAAGCUCAGAAGCAGAUUCCUUCUCAGAGGUUCGAAGACCUCCAAGUCGCUUAUGAUCUGAAUGCCGCUCCUCCCCAGAUUCCUCUUGUUAGCCGGCUACGGGAGUCUCCCUUUGAUGUUGCUCUCAUGGCUGAGAUCAAGCGGGGUUCUCCUUCAAAGGGUAUAUUUGCUCUUGACAUCUCUGCUCCUGCCCAGGCUCGAAAGUACGCCUUGGCGGGUGCGAGUGUCAUUUCUGUUCUGACAGAGCCUGAGUGGUUCAAGGGCAGCAUUGAGGACUUGAGGGCAGUCCGACAAGUUUUGGACGGCAUGCCUAACAGACCCGCAGUUCUGCGAAAGGAAUUCAUCUUUGAUGAGUAUCAAAUUCUCGAGGCCCGAUUGGCUGGUGCUGAUACUGUUCUUCUCAUCGUCAAGAUGCUUGACACUGAACUUCUGCAUCGCCUAUACAACUACUGUCUUCAGCUGGGAAUGGAGCCCCUCGUCGAGGUUCAGAAUGCUGAAGAGAUGACAACAGCAGUCAAGCUGGGUGCCAAGGUCAUCGGUGUCAACAACCGUAACCUGGAGAGCUUUGAGGUGGAUCUCAACACAACCGGCCGGCUACGCAGCAUGGUGCCAGAAUCUACAAUCAUCUGCGCACUUAGCGGCAUCAACACUCACGAUGACGUUCUAAUGAACAAGAGGGAUGGCGUCAAUGCUGUUCUUGUCGGUGAGGCCAUUAUGAAGGCGCCUGAUGCCAGUGUUUUUAUCAGUCAGCUGUGCUCUGGAACCGAGCCCGCAGCCAAGACUGGCGUCGCACCAUCUUUGUAUGUCAAGAUCUGCGGUACUCGAAGUGCCGAAGCUGCGCGAAGGGCUGCCGAGUCAGGGGCAGACUUUGUUGGAAUCUGUCUUGUCCCCAGCGCCAAGCGAUGCAUCUCACACGAAACCGCCCUUGCCAUUUCAGAAGCUGUGCGCACUUUCCCCAGCACUCGAAAGUAUGAAACACAAGUGUCAGCAGUGGAUAACAAAGCCAAGGACUUUUUCGAGGCUGCAACUCAGAGACUCAGCAGUCCCCGGCCUCAGCUCGUCGGCAUCUUCCAGAACCAGCCCCUGAGCGAGGUUCUUGAGAAGCAGAAGCAAUACAACCUCGAUCUUGUGCAGCUACAUGGUGAUGAGCCUAUUGAGUGGGCCAACCUCAUUCCUGUGCCAGUUGUCCGAUGCUUCAAGCCAGGCCAGGUUGGCAUCGGCCGUCGCGGAUACCACACAGUUCCUCUCCUCGAUUCGGGCUCUGGUUCUGGCAAGCUUCUUAACGUUGCAAAUGUCCAAGCUGUUCUGGAGAGCGACCCUGAACUCCGCGUCUUUUUGGCAGGUGGCCUCAAUCCUGACAAUGUUGCUGAGUCUGUCAAGGCUUUGGGUCCCCUAGCUGACCGCGUGAUUGGUGUUGACGUGAGCAGUGGCGUAGAGGAGGAUGGAAAGCAAAGUCUUGACAAGAUCACAGCGUUCAUCAAGGCCGCUAAAGAAAUCCGAUAG